ACUAAGGAGGCAGUCGGACGCGUGUAAAGGGACGGGUUCAGCCACUGCUAAGGGAAAGGGGCGGAAACAGCUCUCUGGGCUGCAUCCUUUCCCGUUUUUUUCCAGUGAGAAAAAGGCGACAGCUUCAUUGCCACGAUGAACCGGAUAACGGGAAAGACGAAAGAUGAAACUUUAAUAGAGAUGCAAAACACGGCUGACUCUGGGGGAGAAGACACCAUUGACCAUAUCCCAAACUCCGUAUCCCUCAGAGAGUCUCAGCUGCCAGGGCAUUCAGAGAGCGAGCAUGUCGUGGAGACCGUGCCCUUCGUCCCCAGCCUCUCAGGGGGCCAAUCACAGAGCGCGAACAAAGACUCAGUCUUCUUCAGGGAUGGAGUGCGCAGGAUCGACUUUGUCCUGUCAUACGUGGAUGACAAGAAUGAUGAGAAGAAGCAGGAGCGGAGGAGAGAAUUUGAGGCCAACUUGAUGAAAGUGGGGCUGGAGCUGGAGACGGAGGACAAGUCGCAAUCCGAAGAUCAGAAGACGUACUUCCUGAAGAUCCACGCCCCCUGGGAGGUGCUGGCCACCUACGCGGAUGUGCUGAAGAUCAAGGUGCCGUUUAAGGUCAACGACAUCCCCAGCACCCAGGAGAUCCCGAUGGCGUGGCUGUUCACACCCUUCCGCCUGCCCGAGCACAUCAUGAACCCCGAGCCCGACUACUUCACGUCCCACUUCAACAAGGGGAAGAUCGACUUCUUCCUCAUCAAUGACAAGGAGACCCUCUUCCCACCCUCCACACGCAACAGGAUUGUGUACUACAUCCUUUCACGCUGUCCCUACUACAAGGAGGAACAUAGGGACAAGGACAAGAAGGGCAUCAAGCGGUUGCUGAACAACAGCACUUACCUCUCAGCUUUCCCGCUGCAUGAUAGUCGCUACUGGAAGAAAUCCAGGAAUGCCAAAUGUGAGAGCGAGAGGUACACUCUGUACAAACACUGGGCCCACUUCUUCUGCUUCUACAAGGAACAGCCUCUCAACCGCAUCCGGAAAUACUAUGGGGAGAAGAUCGGGGUCUACUUCGCUUGGCUCGGCUUCUACACAGAGAUGCUCUUCUUUGCUGCUGUGGUGGGACUGAUCUGCUUCAUUUCUGGUGUCCUCACCUAUAAUGACAAUAUCUGGAGUAAAGAAAUCUGUGACCCUAACAUUGGGGGCAACAUUCUGAUGUGUCCACUGUGUGAUAAAAAGUGCCAUUUCUGGAAGCUCAACUCCACAUGCACAGCAUCGUGGCAAUCACAUCUGUUUGACAAUGUGGGAACAGUGUUCUUUGCCAUAUUCAUGGGGAUUUGGGUCACCCUGUUCCUGGAGUUCUGGAAGCGGCGGCAGGCCCGUCUUGAGUACGAGUGGGACCUGGUGGAUUUCGAGGAGGAGCAGCAGCAGCUCCAGCUCCGGCCCGAGUACGAGACCAAGUGCACUGGCCGUCGGCUCAACCGCAUCACCCAGGAAAUGGAGCCUUACUUAUCCCUAACAAGUAAAUGUGCUCGCUUCUGCCUGUCUGGAGCAACUGUCAUAUUCUGGAUGGCGCUGAUUUGCGCCUGCAUCACUGGCGUGAUAGCGUACCGGCUGGCGGUGUACGCUGCCUUCGCGAGCAUCAUGAAGGACAGCUCGACGAGCAAGCUGCAGCUGGUGGGGUCCCUCAUCACCCCGCAGCUGGCCACCUCCGUCACUGCCUCCUGCAUCAACUUCGUCAUCAUCAUGAUCCUCAACUUCCUGUAUGAGCGCGUGGCCAUCUGGGUCACCGACAUGGAAAUUCCAAAGACUCACCUGGAGUAUGAAAACAAACUGACCAUGAAGAUGUUCCUCUUUCAGUUUGUGAACUACUACUCCUCCUGUUUCUAUGUGGCCUUCUUCAAGGGCAAGUUCGUGGGCCGCCCCGGGGACUACCAUUACAUGUUUGGCAAGCUGAGGAACGAAGAGUGUGACCCUGGUGGCUGCCUCAUUGAGCUGACCACCCAGCUGGUGAUUGUGAUGGCUGGCAAGCAGGUCUGGGGGAACAUCCAGGAGGCGCUGGUGCCGUGGCUGUGUAACUGGUGGGGCAGCCGGAAGGCACGCAGCAACAGUGACAUCGUCUACAGCCGCUGGGAGCAGGACCACGACCUGCAGAACUUCAGCCAGCUGGGCCUCUUCUACGAGUACCUGGAGAUGGUGAUCCAGUUCGGCUUCAUCACCCUCUUUGUGGCCUCCUUCCCACUGGCUCCCCUGCUGGCGCUCUUCAACAACAUCCUGGAGGUGCGCGUGGACGCCUGGAAGCUGACGACGCAGUUCCGCCGGCCCGUGGCCGCCAAGGCGCGCAGCAUCGGCGCCUGGCUGGAGAUCCUCAACGGCAUGGCCGUGCUGUCCGUCAUCACCAACGCUUUCAUCGUGGCCUUUACCUCCGACAUGAUCCCCCGGCUGGUGUACCUGUAUGUCUACCAGCCUAACAAGACCGCCACAAUGGAGGGCUACAUCAACAACAGCCUGUCGGUGGUCAACAUUUCCGUGCUCGUUCACCAGCCCGAAAACGAGGAGGACCCUCCCUGGUUCAACAGGACGACCAUGACCACCUGCAGGUACCGCGACUACCGCUACCCUUCGGGCCAUGAAAAGGAGUACAUGCACACGAUGCAGUUCUGGCACAUCCUGGCAGCUAAGCUGGCCUUCAUCAUCAUCAUGGAGCACGUGGUGUUCGGGGUGAAGGUCUUUGUGGCCUGGAUGAUCCCCGACGUGCCCUCGGAGGUGAAGGCCCGGAUCAAGCGAGAGCGCUACCUGGUCCAGGAGUAUCUGCACAACUACGAGGUGGAGAAGCUGAAAGUCCAGCUGAGCCAGCAUAAUGGCUACCACAGCGCAGAGCAGGAUAAUGCAGUCUGCGCCAUCCAGAACACGCCAGAGAUUUUACCCGAGUGCCUGUAGCCCCGCCCUUGCCCCCAGCUCCUGGCCCUGCCACGGCCUCGCCCUCCCCGCCGUGUUUGAUUGGAUGCCGGAUAAGCUCAUGUUCAAGUUCACGCCAUGUCUCUGUAAACGCUCGAAAGGCCGUGUUUGCAGGCGUCCAUCGGCGGGGGUUUUAAAGGGGACCAUGCAAAUGCGUUUAGCUUCUCAGUUUCUAAUAUGCAGCUCAAACAGAUGCCUUCAUAGAUGUUUGACUUUUCAUUGUCACGGCUGUCCUUUUACUAUGCCCUCUUCCUCAGCAGACACAUACACACUUAUAUACACACAUGCAUACCUGCUUGCUUCUUAUAGCAGGACAGGCAUCUCCAUCUCAGCUGGGAAUGGUAUAGGUGGCUGUGGAUCAUGUUCUAUUGAAGAACUACGUCCAAGACCGCAGCACAGCCUCCCCUAUGCUCAGCUGCGGACAGCUCGGCUUUGCAAACAGCUACACCAAAGUUUUCAGGGCUUCAUUUCAAGGUAUUACAUUCAUUUCAUUUCAACUACAUUUCAAGUCCUCCUCCCCUCGGUUACUCUGUGUCAGAACAACACGGAUCUCGCAGAUAGAUGGAACUCAAUCAAUCAGUGAGCGCUUUGGUUUCGGUGCUAGCUCCCCGCUCCCUUGCUCUCCUGUUGCCAUGGUAAUUUGCAGUUCUGUAAGAGACUGAGGGCCGGCAGCUUUAAAUGAAGAUUCAGCGCUUACUGUAUCCAAGGUGUUGCACCAGCCUACAGACUGUUUCUCCUGCAUAGUCUCCCUUUAUUGAGCAGCAACAGAAAUGAAAGAGCCACUAUGCCAAGCACUCUGUAUUUACUCCUGUAAAGAAGAAACACGCAUGCUUAGUCUGUCAUAUUGAAAUGCUCCCGGAUAUGUUGUGUAUAUACAGUAUGUAUAUGGCCUUUUGCUAAUGGCAUGGAUUUGUGCCACACAGGGAGAGAGCAGAGUAUACUACAUAGAAAUGUAUUGAGAAGAGGUAAGGGUAAUUUAUGUUGUCAGUUAUGAUCUGCUUGUUCGUCAGAAGGUUCUUGUAGAACAUGUCUUUUGCUGUUGUAUAUUGAUUUGGUGGACACAAGAUGUCAAAUAGUGUGAGAACAUGAGUGUCAGAGCCAAGGAACUCGGCAGGGAAGUAAUCAAGACACUGUAGCUAUUGUAAUUAGAAAGGGGUAGAUCUCCAUGUGUUGAUGGGUGUUUCUGUGUCGACAUUUGUAAUGCCUUCUGCCAUAUCAGGACAUACAAAUUAGGCCAUAUGUGACAAGAUCGCAUGCUCCAAAUUGUAUCUCUUCUAAACAUAUUUGUUAGAUAUUAUAUCUAAAUUGGCAGUUGGAUUUUCACAUAGAAAGCAUGAAAGGCAUCAAUAAAAAAUUAAAACGUAUGCAGAUAGCCUUAACAGCUGCCCUUCAAGGAAUUAACCCGUUUUUGUCUGAAAAAAUGACAGCAAAUUUAAGCCAUAAUCCUUCAAUGGAGUACUCGCUAAUGAAUCCAGUCAUUUCUAUAUAUAACUCCAGUUAUUGCAGCAGGGAUGGUAUAAACAUAUUAACUCAUGUUCAUAUAAUAACUUUACAUACCCAUACUUCUGCAAUAGUUCAUAAGUAUCACUAUAAAAACAAAACAAACAAACAGUCUUCCAUUGUGCCUUGACCACCAUGUUUGGUGCACAGCAGAGAACAGACAGCAGGGGCCACAUAACUCAUUUAACGUUUAAAUAAACCUUUCCUGACUGAGUCUUGAGUGUUGGGACAGUGAUGGGCCUAUUAGGAUGUAGAAAGUAAAAGGGGGGGGGGGGGGGGUGUAGGUUAUGUGCCAGUUUCUGUUCUUGGCCUACCAAGAAUAUGGUUUUAUUUUAGUUUUUCAUAUGGUCAUUUGUUAUAAAAUGUUGGCGUUCGUUCAUUUUAAAAGCCACAGGCCAGAUGUUUAAGCCACUACAUUUUCUCUUUUAGGAAUGCAUAUUAAUGUGAAAGUCCCAUUUUAUGUUAAGCUGCAUGUAAAAGCAUUUUUGUACAAUCCUCAAUGAAAGUCUUUUCAAACCUGAAGGAUGUUAUGAAGAGUCCACACAGCUUCAGUCGAACAGUUGGAUCAGAGUGCGACAGAAUUUCUCACUCUGACAUUGACAUUUCUCGUCCAUCAGCUUCAUUCUAGUUUGAAAUACGAUAUAAUCGUAAUAAAUUCAACACAUUCAGAUUUGCUUAAUGUUAUGUCUGAGAAUUAAGGGUGCUGAGUUCGUCCCCAUUUUUCACUCCAGGUUCCAUGUUUUCGGGUGUUUAUUAGAUUUGGUAAAUGCAGUCCCCC